CAAUACACGUUUGUCUCAAAGCGGUCCUGGUUCUUUACACAAUGGUUAAAGAUCGGAUCUUUCUACUAUCUGUUACAUGCUCCAUCUUAAUGUUGCUAGUUAGCUGUGAUGAUGUUUUGGAGAUUCGCUCGCCUGAAGAUGACAUGAAGGCUCAAGAGGAAAAAGAACUGAUUGAAGCUUUGCAGGAGGUUCUUGAAAAACUGAGAAACAAACAUAUUCCCACUGCAGAGAAGAAGUUUGGUUGGGUUCCCUCAUGCGACGCAGGUGAGCAGUGUGCAGUGCGGAAAGGCGCACGCUACGGGAAGCUGUGCAGCUGUCCAGGCGGAACCACCUGCAGUUUCUCCAUCCUCAAGUGUUUGUAAAGCAUGGGUCACAGUUCAGCAUUUUAUCACAGAUGAUUGUAAAGCUAUUCUUUAUUUCCCGUCACUGUUGUAACAAAUAUUUUAUCAUCAAACAUAUAAAAUAAAGGCAUGCAUUUUUGUAAAUGUCUGCUAUUUUAUACAAGCUUGCGAUGGAGACAAAAAGUGUUACACACAAUGCAUGACAGUGAGUUAAUAGGACAUGUCAUGGGUGUCAGAAGCAAAAAACAUGUGGGUGGGUCUAAAGAAUUUACUGGAGUAGAUGCCAUUGUCUUGUAUUCUGGGGCCUCAUUUAUAAAGCGUGCGUACGCACAAAUUUGAUCGUAAAGUGUGCGUAGGCAAAAAUCCACGGCAAAGUCCAUAUUUAUAAAAACUGUCUUUGACGUGGAAAAGUGCUUAGCGCCACGUCAGGGUCUGAGCAGACGUACGCACUUUUGCUUGUCUGAUUGCUGCAGGUUUUUGGAAAUAUAAGCCAUUCUUGCUGUUUGAAAUUGGGUUUAAACAUUGACAAGCGCUCUUUUAUAUGUCUGACAUUAAUUACGCAUUGUUUAAAGCCGGAGAUCUGAAACUGGUCGGCUGCGCGCACAAGUUCAAGUUCAUUUGCGAUUUAUGGAUUUGAAAGAGGUACGCGCAUUUUUUGCGCGUACAUUCGGUUUAUGAAUCACACGUACGCAUUUUUGUUAAAUGAUCGUAAGAUCAAAUGUAGGAUGGUUUUUACGCAGCAUUUUAUAAAUGAGGCCCCUGGUGUCUUUGAAUUAACCCUCAAUAGAUCCUUGGGACAUUAUGUGCCAUUUUGAUUUUUUAACCAUCUUGACUGUGAUGAUUGGAUAUUGAUAAAUUUCAGAAUUUUAGUUUCAGUUUUUUUUUUUUUUAUUGGCUUAAAAUGGCUAAGCUACGCAAACACCUACAAAAGAGAAAAAAAAUGCCCCACUGAAAACCAUUAUAGCUACCAUUUUUGACCCCCCAUUUAUCUUAACAUAAACUGAUGCAUACCUUGUCAAUAUAUCAUUUUGAACUACUGGCUUUCAAGUUUUGAUUUUUAUACUUGUCCACUUGGUGGGGCUACUUUAAACCAUUUUUCAUUUCACAAUUUUUUCUGUUUUCUGAAGGCCGCAUUGCUACUGAAAAGAUAAACCUUUAAUGUUUAAAAAAAAUGAGUCUGAGUGGUAAGGGCGUGGGGGUUGAUGUCGGAGUGAGGUCGGUGUUGAGGACAUAUUCAACAUAUCCAAAGUCUUCUCUCUUUGAAGACCACA